GUUUAUCUGAACUAAGUCAGAUAUGGAUGACUCUAGCUGUCAAGAAGAUCAACAGGCCCGUCAAAGCUUCAUGGUCAAGUCUGUGUCCGGGGAGUUUGACAGUGGUGACCACAUGGAAGAGACGGAGAUGACUACUCCACUGACCUUGUUCACUGAUGACAUUACACCAGUAGGAGGUCGGGAACACUCCCUUGACCACCUUGCAUUUCUUCCUCGAGGUGACCAGAGGAUAUCUUGUCGCGCUAUGAUGGGAGCACAGUACAGACAAAUUGUUCAGUGGUGUCGAGGAAACUGGCAUUGUCCCAUGAGAGUCACCUCCCUUUAUGAAAAGCUGUUUCCAUUUGGAUGUAAAGAUGAACUGAAAGAACAAGUAAAGAUUGCCUGGCCAAUUGUGGGUGUGAUGGCAACUCAGUAUAUUAACAUACUGGUCAGUCUUAUAUACUGUGGCCAUCUUGGUACAGCCCAACUUGCUGCAUUAGCCUUGACCACAACAGUAAUCAAUGUAUCAAGUAAUUCUGUUAUGCUGGGACUGGCAUCAGCGUGUGAUACUCUCUUCUCUCAGACCUUUGGAAGUAAAAACAAACAUCGAGUGGGAAUUAUAGUACAGCGAAGUAUAGUGAUCCUGAGUCUUUGCUGUCUGCCAUGCUGUGCCAUCCUUAUCAACACUGAACAUAUAAUGAACUACAUAGGACAGGACCCUCGAGUCGCCAGACUCGGAGGAAAGUACGCCUUAAUAUAUAUAGCUGGUCUACCUGCUGUGGCCUACUCCGAUAUCCUCUCUAAAUACCUUCAAGCUCAGUGUAUAGUGAUACCAAGUCUGGUGAUAGGAAUAGCUGCUAACUUCCUCAAUGUGGGAUUUCACGCCUUCUUUCUGUUUAUGCUGCAACUGGGUAUUGUGGGUGCUUCUAUAUCUGUGACCUUGACCCACUGGUCUAUAUUCCUACUCCAUGUUACCUACAUUAUCAUCACACGUACCUAUGAGGAUACCUGGACAGGUUUCAGUGUAGAGUGUUUCUAUGACUGGUGGCUGUUCCUCACUCUGGCUGUGCCCGGCCUUUUUAUGGUGUGUCUUGAGUGGUGGAGUCAUGAGAUUAUUAUGUUCUGUGUUGGUCUAGUAGGAGUCGACCAGCUUGCCAGUCACUCCAUCGCCUACACUAUGGCAAGCAUGGCCUUUAUGUUACCACUUGGCCUCUCUGUUGCUGCCAGUGUGAGGGUUGGAAAUCACCUUGGAACAGCCAACCCUUGUAAAGCCCUUACAGCCUCAAGGGUGUCCAUACUUAUAGCAGUAACCGUAGCAACAGUUUCAGCUAUAACUUUCCUGGCACUGAAGAAUAUCAUACCCUACUUGUUCACAAAUGAUUGGACAGUGGUUGCACUAGCCUCCAGACUGAUGAUGCAGGUUGCCCUGUUUGAGCUGUUCGACCAGGUUCAGGCUGCUUGCAGUGGUGUGAUCCGUGGCAUUGGUCUACAGAAGUUUGGGGCCAUUACUAAUUUUGUGUCCUACUAUCUGGUGGCACUGCCUCUGGGUAUCCCACUGUUACUGGAAACCUCACUGGCUGUAUCUGGUGCGUGGUGGGCUGUGAUACUUAGCGCUGCUCUCCAGUCUCUCGUGUUCCUUGUCAGAAUUCUCUCAACAAACUGGGAAUUGGAGUCAGAAAAGGCACAGAUAAGAGCUGGUGUAGCAGAAGGCCUGCCCAAACAUCCCUCCAGAGGUCAGAGCCUUGGGACUAUCACACUACAGGAGGAUAAUUUGUCUACUGACACACAGGAGCUGAUGGAGGCCGAUCACCUGACCUUGUCUGAUACGUCCAGUCAUCGUAGCGAUGACAGCUUGAGCCAGCAACCCACUGUCUGUACCAACGACCUUGUUAAUGUUCUUCUGACACGGUUUGCUGUCCUGUUCUCAUUCCUAGUCAUUCUGGUAGGGGCAAUACUUCUCAAAGUCUAUCUCGAUGGGUUAGCAAGCUUCCUGAAUUGUGUAGUGAUAAAUGCAACCAAUCUGAACAUGACCUACAUGAAUGGAGAGUUAUAUAACAACCACACUGUGACAUUGAGCGACCUGGAUUGGAAGGUGUUGAAUAUGACCUACAUGUACGAGAUGGAACACAAUUGGAACCAGACAUUUGUUUACUGUAGUGGGGUAAUAAAAGACUUCACCAAUGACGUCUCCUGGCCCAUGUAUAAUAACACCAGACUAUUUGGGGGAUUGCAUCCUCACAUGCCAACCAGGCCUAUAGGCUGAUUGUACCUAGUAAUAUAGACCAUAC